UUGUCAAGAACAACAGCCGAUUCAAGACGUCAAAACCUUCGUCGGUAUUCAAUCACAGUUCUUCAAUUUAUUUGGGCAUUCACUUUCAUUAGUCCAGCAUAUUUAGAUAUUCCUGAACCAAAAUUAGCUAUAGAAACAAUAUCGAAAGAUCUCUUUUGUGUGGACUCUCGAUCUUAUAGUAGCCCAUAUUUCUUCUGUUUAACUCUUAAUGGUAAAAUUCCGGUUCUUCUGAUCUUGAUAACAAUAUUAAUGGUCAUUCCACAAGGAUUAUUUUAUAUCAUUGGCUCAUUUCGAUGCAUCUAUAGAAAUAAAACCUCGAGUUCUAGAGCCACAUAUCAAUUUGGAUUGAAAUUCAUGUUUGCACUUUGUUUGCAAGCUGUUAUUCCAAUAUUGUUUAUUGUUAUUCCUGCUUGUUACAUUAUCUUCUCACUUUUCACACGAUAUUUUAAUCAAGGUUUUACAAAUUUGGCACUAAUAUUUUUCGCAACACAUGGUGCAAUAUCAUCAAUUGUUACUUUGAUGGUUCACAAACCAUAUCGAGAUUAUACAAUCAAAGCAAUCAAUUGUUUCAAAGUAAUUAAAAUAACUGAACGACGAUAA